UUGAAUUCGAAAUGAAAACUUCUGAAAUUUUCAGUUUUCAUGAAGUUCCGGAUGAGUUGAGCUCUACGAACAAAAGUUCUGAGAGAAUGGAGGAAGGAAUUCAAGGGCAACUUUCUGGAGGUGAAGACUGGGGAGAAUCAGCAAGUUUUGAUUCCCACCAUUCUGAUUUUGGAUCCUUGAAGGAUAACUCAUCAAAGGAAAAUCUAAUUUUCUUCUCUCAUCACCAAGAAUGGUUCUUGGACUCUGAUAUUUUUUGUGGUCUAGAAGACAAUAUUUUUUCUCCACCAGUUAAAAAAUCUUUGGGGGGCAUUUCAAGGCUUGGUGAAAUUCAGAAUGAUAUUCAAGACCAACCCAAGAAGACAACGCAAGACCAGUUUACUUUAACCUCACUUGGACUCCUAAAAAGUUAUGGCAAAGGGCUGAAACGACUAAGCAGUGAAAGAAUCAUUAAGCCAACCAAUGAUACGCCAAGCAUAGAGGUGGCAAGCCAGGAACUUUCAACUGAAGGAAUCAUGAGGGUUGCUGCAGAAAGGUUUAUUCAGCCCUUUACUAAAACUGUUGAUGUUGUCGUCUCUAUGCUUGAUAAUCCUUUUGAUAUUUCUUUCUCAGGCCUUCCUGAUGAGGAGGCUAAAAAGUUGGAGCUUGCUGAACUCCUUUUGGCAGCUGCUGUGAAAGUGAGCAAUCAACAGUAUGAUCGUGCAAGGACAUUGCUAAACCAAUGUGAUUGCUUAUCAUCCACUACUGGAAAUGCGGUAGAAAGAGUAGUUCAUUAUUUUUCUAAAGCACUUGAAGAGAGGAUUGAUCAAGAAACAGGAAAGAUCACAUCUCAGGGUUUAGAAAAGCAACAAUUCUUCAAUAUUGAUGAGGCAAUCAUGGCUUCGACACCCAAUAUUCUUGCAUGCUACCAAGAAGUUCCCUUCUCCCAGGUGGCACACUUCGCUGGAAUCCAAGCUAUUGUAGAAAAUGUGACUGAGGCAAAGCGGAUUCAUGUGAUAGAUCUUGGAAUCAAGAUAGGAGUGCAAUGGACUGGUUUGAUGCAAGCUUUGGUGUCACAAUCUGACUUCUCUCUGGAGCUUUUGAAGAUAACUGCUAUUGGGACUACUUUGAAACGAUUAAUUAAGGAUACUGGCAAGAGGUUAACAAGUUUUGCUGAGUCCGUUGGCUUACCCUUCUCUUUUAACACAGUUAUGGUGUCAGAUAUAUUGGAGCUCAAAGAAGAUUUAUUUGAGCUAGAUGCUGAUGAAACAGUAGUUGUCUACUGUGAGUACUUACUGUGGAGCUUCAUUCCAUUGCCGGAUAGGCUGGAUUCUAUGAUGAAAGUGAUCAGAAAUCUCAAUCCAACCAUAAUGGUGGUUACUGAACCUGAGUUUAAUUCCACUUCACCAUAUUUUGUGAACAGUUUCAUUGAAUCUCUUUUCUACUUCAGCGCAUACUUUGAUUGCCUUGAAUGUUGUAUGAGAGAUAAUCCAAAGAGGAUGAUUAUAGAAUCUUUGCGUUUUGGUGAGGCAAUUAGAAACAUUGUGACCACUGAGGGAGAGGAGAGGAAGAUUCAAAAUGCAACACUUGAUGUUUGGAGGGUAUUCUUUGCCCGUUUUGGGAUGGAGGAGACUGAACUGAGCACAUCUUCUUUGCGCCUAGCAGAACUGAUAGCUAAGAAAUUUCCUUGUGGGAGUGCUUGUACACUUGGCAUGGAUGGGAAAAGCCUGCUAAUUGGAUGGAAGGGUACAGCAAUGCAUUCUCUUUCUGCAUGGAAAUUCAUUUGACAUUAAUAUCCACACCGAAAAGAUAUAAUAUUGUCUUCACCUGGCAUUCUUCUAUUUAUACUCUCAAUCUCAGCUAGCCUGCUUAAACAGAACAUAAGCCAGAAUAUCCGACUGUGACCUGGAAUAGAACGUUUUGCAGAUAAAGUUGUGAACAAAAUUGUCAGCUAAUCCACCCCUUAUCUCUCUAAAGCCACUUUGUCCAAGUUUUCCAUUUACGUAUAUUAGAGUGUGAAUAUAAUAUAUAAAUAAUUAUAGCAGAUUACAUAAUCAUAGGCUAAUUGAUUGAUAGAAGAUUAUUAGGAGUCGCCUUAACAAGAUCUUGUAAUAUGUAUAUAUACAUAUUUACUGAGAGAUAUACUGAA